UUAACCAUUAACCUAUUUAAUUAUAAUAUUUACACUUUUUUUUUUUCAAAAAUUUUAAUUUAUCGGAAGAGAAAAGCCCCAAAGCCUUGGUCACCUCAAUUUCCAUCCUCCCAUACUCUUGUUUCUCCCAGUUUCUGAAAUAUUAACUGGAGACCAUAGCAGAUUCCGAGCACGAACACGCCAUUGGACUCGGCCCAUUCAAUGAAGCCGUCAGGGAAGCUCCGGGAGCCAGGAGUGUGUACGGAAUGAGGACCGCCGGAUAGGAUGACGACUCGAGGCUUGUAGUCAGCAAUGGUCUUGAGAGAGCUGGUUCCGGAAAGGCAAAGGGAGGAAACAUCGAGAAAUCGGAUACGACGAGUGAUGAGAUGGGUAUACUGGGAACCGUAGUCGAGUAUCAAAACCCUGUCUGAUUCCACACUUUUGGGGUCGAUGGCCAUGGCUGGAGGCUAAAGAAAUUCGACUGUGGACCCAAUGUAAUCAAUCAUCUUGUUGACGGUGCUGUGAAGGUUUUUCCUAUUUUGAUUAUUCGUUGCCAGUACACAUAGACAAUUCGAUGAUGAUGGAACAAUUGUGUGCGGCUAAAAAAAUAUCAGAAAACUUGUUAUUAUCAUAGUCUGCAGUACCCUCUUCACUCUUGGAAAACUCGGUGUUUAGAUGGUCUUAUGUAUCAGCUUCAUCAUCGAAUUGUGACAGUUGAUUCCUUAUUCAGUUUGAUAUGGUUGCAGAUUGUUCCGACCACCAUUUUCUUGACACCGGUGCAGGGUUCACAUUGUCACAGGCCAAAAGAAGUUGGUUAAAGAAGGUUCAUCAAGAAUGGAGCAUACUAGAGAAAAAUCUCCCUGGGAGGUGAAAGGAGAUUGCUAUGUUGUUAGAAGUGGAGACUUUGAGGUCUUUGCAACCCAGGUAUCAUUUCAUGCUCGAAUAAUACUUUAUUGUCUUUCCCCAAUUCAGACAUUUUGUUGAGUGGAUGUAAUUGCAUGAAAUGUUUUUUGGCUAAUUCUUGCUCUUGAUAUUAUCAUACUACUCUGAAAAGUUCGUUCCUUUAUGAUUGAAAAAAUAAAUACUCAGCAUAUCAUCCUUGUUGUUGAUAUUAAGAGUUGUAUCUUUAUUAUAGAUUGCAAUGGAAAAAUGGUAUUGUGUUCUCAUUUUUAGACCUAUUCUUUUUGUAACAAAUUGGAGUAAAUGUAUGAAUGCAAGUUGUAUGAUUUGUAGUAAUCUAUACAAUGAAUAGGGGUUUAAGUUUGCGAUAACGAAAAAAUUAUUUGUAAUGAAAACUUUAUAAAAUAAUAACUAAUAACUUAUUCCAUAUAUGAGGAGAAAAAGAGAAAUUGACAAAUAAAAAUAAAGAGCUCAGAAUAAUAGUAGUUUCUGAAAGUACUCACUAACUAUGCUGUAGAACAAUAUAAGUAAAAGAAAAGCAUUAAUAAAAUGAUAAAAAUUAGAACGCUCCCCAUCCAAACGUCCAAAACACAUCUGCUUAAAUUAUUUUUCUCUUGGUAGCCUUAUCAUGACUUCUCUCUUCGUUAGAAUCAUCCUACAAAAAAAAAAAAAAAGACAAUAUAUUAACUGAAUAAAAAUAUUAACCAAAACCAAGGAAAGAUAAAUUUCCCCAAUAUAUAAAUUAGAUUACAUACCCCACUUUCAUAAUAAUUAGACUCAAGAGUUGUAUUAAGCUUAGUCUUUUUAUUUUCAGUAGAUGGAGUCUUGAUAGAAAGAUCACCACAAGUUGUGUUUGAGCUCUUUUCAAAUACUUCAUCGAUCCUUCCAAAUAAUCCAUCUACUUCCCCCAAAUCUUUUUUCAUUUUAGUAAACAAACUCUUUAAUUUUAAUUCUAACUUCAACUCAUGAAGUUCUCGUUCAACAUCUUUUUCCCUUCUCUCUUUUUCCCGCUGAAAACGAAUGAGUUCUUCAACAUCCUCUUUAAUUGAUGAUACAUUCUUCUCCAAUCGUUCGAUUGCUUGAAAAACAUACAUCUUCUCUUCUUGGUCAAAAUACAUCUGCAAUGUAAACUUUUUAUUCUAAAAAAAAUAAAAAUUUAGAAGAUAUAAUUGAGUCUGACAUGGUAGGUAAGGAAUUCCUUUCAAUAGAACAAGCUGAGAAGUUUUAUUUUUUAUAUGCUAAAUUAAUAGGCUUUAGUGUGAGAAAAAAAUUGAAAAGGAAAAACAAGAGUGGUGUUGUAAAUUGUAGAAGUUGGCUUUGUUCAAGUGAAGGCUUUAGAGAUGAAAAGUAUAAGCAUAUUGAAAAUCGAAAAAAGGAAGAACGUGAUGUGACAAGAGUGGGUUGUAGGGCUACCUUAAAAAUACUUUUGAACAAAAAAACCAAUACUUGGUUUGUUAAAUGUUUUAGGGUUCAUCAUACUCAUGCUCUAGCUAAGUCUCACGAAAAACCAUUUGUUAGAUCAAAUAGAAAACUAACUGAACCUGUGAGGGAAGUAGCAUUGUUGAUGAAAAGGGCUGGAAUAAUAACUUCUCACAUUUGGCAAUAUCUAGUAGAGAUAUAUGGAGGUUGGGAAAAGGUGGGAUGUAUAAAAGCUGAUUUAUAUAGAGGUUUGAGAAACAACUUUAGAAAUUGGGAUGAUUGUGAUACAACCACUGCCAUGGGUUAUCUUCAAUCAAAGAAAGGUCCGGAUGCAGACUUCUUUUACAACCAUGAUGUUGAUGAAGAAAAUAGGUUAACUAACUUAUUUUGGGCUGAUGGAUCAAUGAAAGUGGAUUAUGAAUUAUUUGGAGAUUGUCUAUGUUUUGAUGCAACCUACAAAACUAAUAGAUAUGGAAAACCAUUAGUAAUUCUACUUGGGUACAAUAACCACAACAGAACAUGUGUAUUUGGAUUCUGUCUUCUUCAAAAUGAGAAAUGGGAAAAUUAUAAAUGGCUUCUUAAGACAUUCUUAGAGUGUAUGGAGGGUAAGAUGCCAAAAACAGUGUUGACCGAUGGUUGUCUCUCUAUGAAAAAAGCACUGAAUAAGGUGAUGCCUGAAACAGUUCAUCGAAUAUGCUCAUGGCAUUUACUAAAAAAUGCAAUUUUUCAUAUACAUAAAACUGGAUUCACCAAAGAAUUUAAGAAAUUGAUCUUCAGGUAUUAUUCAAAUAGCGAAUGGGAAGAUAAUUGGAAGAAAUUGAAAGAUGCUUACAACCUAUCCAACAAUAUUUGGUUUAAUGAACAAUAUGCUAUGAGGCAUAAGUGGGCAGAUACAUUUUUGCGGGGUCAUUUUUUCGGUGGGCCAGGGCAACUGGAAUAUGCGAGUCUAUGAACGCAUUCAUCAAAAAGGAUUUAGAAAAAGGGCUACCAUUGUGGAUGUUCUUGAGGCAUUGCGACAAUGGCGUUGCUGCCUUACGUUAUAAUGAAAUGGCAGAAAAUUACAAGACGAAUAUGACUGAUCCAUGUCCAAAACUGACAAGCAUGCCAAACAUUGAAGAACAAGCAGCUUCAAUCUUUACAAGGAAAGUAUUCAACCUAGUCAAAGCUGAGAUAAAAAGGGGAGAUAAGUAUUCUUGCUCAAAGUCUGAGAUUUUACCUAAUUAUGAUUUAUUUCUAGUAUCAAAGUAUAUGAGUAAUCAUCCUAAGCGUAAGGUUUUUAUUUCUCAUGAUGAGGAAGACAUCAGAUGUGAUUGCUAUUGGUUUGAGACUAAAGGAAUACCAUGUAGACACAUUUUUGCAUCAUGAAGCACUCAAACAAAGGUAAUUUUCCAGGUUGCCUUAUCAAUUCUCGUUGGAUGAAAGAUGCAAAAGACAUUGAUCCUAAAUCAGUUGGUAAAGAGAGAAGAUGUCCACAUCCCAAUGCAGUACAAAAUACUAGGUAUGGUAGAAUCAACACCCAAACGAGUUUGGUAUCAUAUUAUGCUACCAAAUCUCAAAGAGCAUUCACCAAGGCUAUGAGUGUGAUGUCAACAUUAGUAGAAGACCUACAAAAUAUGACAAACAAUGAAGAUGAUGAUGAUGGAAAUGAAGAUUUUCGGGUUACAAUUCAAAUUGACGAUCCAAAAGUAGAAGCAAAUAAGGGUAGGCCAACGAAAUCGCAAUCCUCUCAAAGAUUGUUUGCUGAAAGUGGUAGUAAAAUGAAGGAGCUAAUUAAGCCUAGAUUAUGCAAAACAUGCAAAUGUGCUGGACAUAACUCAAGAAGUUGCCCAUAUAAGCAGGAUGAUGGAGAAGAAAGCUCAAAGGGACAAAAAAGUUGAAAGAGGUUCUUAAAUUUGGACUGGUUCUUAAUUUUUAUUUGAUAAUAAUCAUAUUGUUUGAAGUGUUUUCUUUUUUUUUUUUUUUUUUGAAUAUUAUAAUUUGGACGGAUACUAUUAUAUAUUAUAAGAUUGAUUAUGUUUUAAAUAUUACAGUAAUAUUUUCUUUUAUUCAAAAUAGAAAAAUAUCACUUUUUUUUUUUUAAAUUUCAGUAUAAUUCUAAAUUAUAUUAAAAAAAAGCUAGAAUCAUGAUAUCAACUCUAAAAUUUUUGUUUAAAAUAAGGAUUGCUUAAAUUUAUAGCUUUUAAUCAAGAGAAAUUUAGGCCAAAUGACAUUAAUUUGAUUUUAUUUGCAAUUUUGACUCCAAUUAUAUUAAUGUAUUUUAUACGGCUUUUUUUUCAAACUUUUAUUAAUAGGUAUACCAAUUGUUUGAUUAUACAUUUCACUAUUCAAUAAGCUUUAUUUCAUUUUCUUUCUAUGUCAGAACUUUUUUUUUUAUUUAUUUAAAUAUACAUCAAAACUUAUACGUAAUAUUCUAAACAACUGAAUUUUAAUUUUACAUAUAAACAAUUUUGUUGUCUUAAUACAUUAGAAAUUUUUUUAAUUUCUAAAGAAAGUGAUAUUUUUAAUGAUUGCCACGUUCUUCAAUUCAUUCAUGUGCAGCACUUGUGUGUUUCUAUUUUAUAGCUUACACACAACACAC